AUGUCUGUCGCUCCACCUCCAAAAUCAGUCAGCCUGGGCAAUCUUCAACUACCGCGCAUUCUCUGUCUGCAUGGUGGGGGCGUCAAUGCCGAAGUUUUCCGUUUACAGUGUCGAGCUUUGUUUCGCUCGUUGAAUGGCCACUUCAGACUCGUCUUUCCGGAUGCACCUUACUUGUCACCCGCAGAUCCUGGUGUGAUACCCACCUAUGCCCACCUGCAACCAUUUCGGCGAUGGCUACGUUGGCGAAUAGAACAACCUAAUCCUGGCCCAGAAGCCAUUUGCCAGGAUAUCGACAAGGUCAUAAAUGUAGCAAUAGCCAAUGACAACGCUCUAGGAGCAACUGGGGACUGGGUUGCCAUUAUGGGUUUCAGCCAGGGUGCUAAACUAGCUGCGAGUCUUUUGCUCCGUCAGCAGCUCCGUGCAGAAAAGCUUGGACAAAAUCAAACAGACUCUAGCUUUAAGUUCGGUGUCCUCUUGGCCGACCACAUGAUUCGUCUACCCAGUCUGCACGUUCAUGGAAGAAAAGAUCCAGGUAUUGCUGAUCAUCGCCGGCUUCUUACUGACUUCUGCAAGCCGGGUACGACUCGUCUGGUGGAAUGGGAUGGGGACCACAGGGUAGUAAUUCAACCAGCCGAUGUCACCGCUGUUGCGAAUGAGAUUUUGGCUUUAAGCAAGCAGACUGGCGUUAUAUGA